AAACCCAAAUAGAUCUAAUCCAAGUCACUCGAUCACACUAAUAAAAAAACUAUACAUACAUAUACACACAGAGAUCCACACCUAACGAGCCAAGCACAGCACAACUUAGCAGAUCUAUACAUAAUCAAUGGAGUCUUCAGGCGGAUCAGAGAGAGAUAAAUUGAAUUCAUCGUCUACACCUGUUCCUUCCGUUGCUAAUUUCUGGAAAGAGUUUGAUUUAGAGAAGGAAAGAAGUGUGCUCGAUGAACAAGGGCUUAAGAUUGCCGAGAAUCAGGAGAACAGCCAGAAGAAUAGACGGAAACUCGCUGAGAGCACCAGAGGAUUUAAGAAAGCAUCGGCGGAAGAAAAGUUGAGCAUGUUCAACACUCUACUAAAGGGUUACCAAGAAGAGGUUGAUAACCUUACUAAGAGAGCAAAAUUUGGAGAAAAUGCUUUCCUAAAUAUCUACCAAAAGCUUUAUGAGGCUCCGGAUCCUUAUCCAGUUCUUUCUUCGAUUGCAGAGAAAGAUGUUAAAUUGAUGGAAAUAGAGUCUGAAAAUCGUAAAAUGAAGGUUGAGCUCGAGGAAUUCAGAACUGAAGCAACUCAUCUGAAAAAUCAACAAGCAACAAUUAGACGACUUGAAGAGCGUAUCCGGCAGUUAGAGCAACAGAUGGAAGAGAAAGUGAAGGAAGUUGUGGAAAUUAAGCAACGCAGUUUGGCAGAAGAGAACCAAAAAUCAUUAGAGGUUUUAAAAGAAAGGGAGCAAUUGCUGCAGGAUCAGUUACGACAAGCUCAGGAUAGUGUUUCCAACAUGCAAAAGUUACAUGAACUUGCUCAGAGCCAGCUAUUUGAAUAUCGUGCACAAUCUGAGGAAGAUAGAGCAGCAAAGCAGUCAGAAGUUAAUCUAUUAAUGGAUGAAGUUGAGCGGGCUCAGACUCGACUUUUGAGUCUAGAGAGAGAGAAGGGUGUUCUACGUUCGCAGUUACAAACAGUGAACGAAGAGCAUGGAAAUGAUAAAAGUGAUGAUAUGGAUCCAAAUAGCGUGCUAGAGAAUUCUCUGAAUGCAAAGGAAAAAGUUAUUUCAGAAUUAAACAUGGAACUUCACAAUAUGGAAACCACCUUAUCAGAGGAAAGAGAACAAUACAUGAAGGAAAUCAAGAAGUUGAGUGCACUGCUCAAUGAGAAGGAUGCUGCUCUUGUUGAAACAAAGAAAGAGCUACAUGCAAGGCCGACAGAAAAGUUGGUUGAUGAUUUACGGAAAAAAGUUAAAAUUUUGCAGGCAGUAGGGUAUAAUUCAAUUGAAGCCGAAGAUUGGGAAGUAGCUACCAGUGGCGAAGAGUUGAGCCAGCUUGAAUCUCUAUUACUUGACAAGAACCGUAAAAUGGAACAUGAAGUUACACACUUGAAGGUCAAGCUUUCUGAAACAACUUCUUUAUUGGAAACAGCCGAAGGGAAAAUCACAGAACUUACAGCAAAACUUAGUGAACAGCAAAUGUUAAUUCAGAAGUUGGAAGAUGAUAUAUCCAAGGGUUAUAAUGCUAAAGAUCGAAAAGGUGCACUAUUUGAUGAUUGGGAACUCCCCGAGUCCGGGACAACAGGACAAUCUGACAAUACAGAUCAAAAACAUGUUUCUUCCGAACAAGAUCAGAACUCCAUGCUUAAGGUUAUCUGCAACCAGCGCGACCGCUUUCGGACACGUUUGAGAGAGACAGAAGAGGAAAUCAGACAGUUAAAGGAGAAGAUAGGUUCUCUGAUGGCAGAGCUGGAGAAAUGUAAAGCUGAUAACGUAAAGCUUUAUGGAAAGAUACGUUAUGUUCAGGACUACAAUUUAGAGAAAGUUGUUUCUAGAGGUUCAAAGAAGCAUGUAGAUGAUCUUGAAAGCGGUUUCUCCUCAGAUGUGGAGUCCAAGUAUAAGAAAAUCUACGAGGAUGAUAUAAAUCCGUUUGCCGCAUUCUCGAAAAAGGAAAGGGAUCAAAGGUACAAGGAGCUUGGUUUUAGGGAUAAAAUUACUCUCAGAAGUGGACGAUUUCUUCUUGGAAACAAAUAUGCGCGGACAUUUGCAUUCUUCUACACAAUUGGGUUGCAUGCUCUCGUAUUCACUUGUCUGUAUAAAAUGUCAGCCUAUAGCAAUCUCAGCCAUGGUCCGGAGGAGUUCCUCGCUACAGAGAAAAAUAUCGAUCUUCCACACGCCCUAUAGUUCCUUACCCCCUCGGACACACUGGAUACAUUUUUGAAAUUACCAGUCUGACCAAACAUGUUGUAAAUACUGCAAAAUGAAAAUCUUUUUCUUUGUAAUUCCAAGCCAAACUGUAAAAUGAAUUGUAGAGGAUAUGGUAAUUAUAUACAUUUCAUUAAUUUUAUGCAAUCUUAUAACAGCAAUAAUCUUGUAGGGAGAUCAAUUACUUAAUUUCUCUAAACCUUCUAUAUACUAUAUGUUAGAUUUUGUCUUCGGCUUCA